UCUUAAUUUUCUUUCUAUACCUUUCUUCAAAUCAAGCUAUAAGCUUCUAAGGAAUAUAUACACAAAGUUCUUAAUUUUUCUAAACUAUUAGCUUCAUCAGCAGAACCAUAAGAAAAUGAGAGAAAAUAUAUCAGAAACAUGGUUAGUUAUGAUCAUUGUGAUAUUGGUCACUGCAAUAUUUGCAAAACUAAUUCAAAUCAAGCUAAGAAAAGAAGAGAAAAGCAUUUGCAGAUUACCACCUGGAAGAAGAGGUUGGCCUUUGAUAGGUGACAGUAUCAAUUGGUACAAUGCUGUUGCAAGUUCUCACCCUCCUCAGUUUGUUGAAGAAAUGGUGCAAAGAUAUGGUAAGAUAUUUUCUUGCAGCCUAUUUGGAAAAUGGGCAGUGGUGUCAUCAGAUCCGAGUUUCAACCGUUUUGUAAUGCAAAAUGAAGGCAAAUUGUUCAUGUCAAGUUAUCCAAAAUCUUUUAGAGAUUUGGUUGGUAAAAACGGUGUGAUCACAGUUCAAGGAGAACAACAACGGAAACUACAUGGAAUUGCGUCCAAUAUGAUGCGCUUAGAUAAGCUUAAGUUCCAUUUCAUGAACGAUAUACAAAAUGUCAUGAUCCAAACUUUGAGCAAUUUUAAGAACAACCAAGUCAUUCUUCUGCAAGAUGUUUGUAGAAAGGUAGCUAUAAAUUUAAUGGUUAAUCAACUAUUAGGGGUUUCAAGUGAGUCUCAAGUCAAUGAAAUGGCUCAGUUGUUUUCGGAUUUUGUUGAUGGUUGUCUAUCCAUUCCAAUCAACAUCCCUGGCUCUUCAUACCACACUGCUAUGAAGGCAAGGGAGAAAAUCAUAAGCAAGAUAAACAAUAUCAUAGAGGUACAUAGAAAAAAUGGUGCUCCUACAGAAGGUAAUAAUGGUGUACUUGGAAGACUAAUAGAGGAAGAUUGUUUGCCAGAUGAAGCUGUUGCAGACUUUAUCAUUAAUCUGCUUUUUGCUGGCAAUGAAACAACAACAAAAACAAUGCUUUUUGCAGCCUAUUUCCUUACUCAAUGUCCUAAAGCCAUGAUGCAACUUCUGGAUGAACAUGAUUCUCUAAGGACUAAUUCUGGAGAAGAAAUUCUUACAUGGCAGGACUAUAAAGCAAUGCCAUUUACUCAAUGUGUUAUUGAUGAAACACUUAGACUUGGUGGCAUUGCAAUUUGGUUAAUGAGAGAAGCAAAACAAGACAUUCAAUACCAAGCAGAUUUUGUUAUUCCAAAAGGAUGCUUUGUGGUUCCAUUUCUUUCAGCAGUUCAUUUAGAUGAGAAAAUAUUCAAUGGAGCUAAAAACUUCAAUCCUUGGAGAUGGAUGGAACCUCAAAAUGAAGAAAAGAGAAAUUGGAGAACAAGUCCAUUUUAUGCACCCUUUGGAGGAGGUGCUAGAUUUUGUCCAGGAGCUGAAUUGGCUCGUCUUCAAAUUGCUCUUUUUCUUCAUUACUUUGUAACAAAUUAUAGAUGGACACAAAUGAAGGAAGAUAGAAUGUCCUUUUUUCCCUCAGCUCGGUUAGUGAAUGGCUUUGAAAUUUGUCUAACAAGAAGAAAUGAUUAUAAUCAAAGAAACUGAAACAUGUCACAAAUGUUCAUCUCAACUAUUUUUUCAUUCACUGUUUUCUCUGGCUACAUGUUUUUGCUGAGUACUCUCUCUCAGUUGUUGUCACAACAAUGAUGUGUUUCAGAGUUUAUAUUAUGUUGCAAGUAUAAAUAUGUAUAGAAUUUUUUUAUACUAUACUAUAAUAACAUCUUCAUUACUCAUAUAUAAAUAUAAGGGUUGUAUUAUUGUAUAGUAUAGUAAGUACAUCAGUUAAGUCUUAAGGUUUUUAUUUUUGUUUAUUCAGUUUUUUC